CCGCCGCCCCCCGGAAGCGCCGGAGCCCCAAAUCCCGCCCGGAGCCAGCCAGCCGUCCGGAGCUACAACCAGGCUUCACUAAAAGAUCCUGCAAGUUCCAGAUACUUACACUAGAACUUUGGAGAUCCUGCUUCUUACUUCCCCAGGCCUCAGUGGUGGGGAACUUGGGGUGAAGCAGAGAAGUUUCUGUAUUCAGCUGCCCAGGCAGAGGAGAAUGGGGUCUCCACAGCCUGAAGAAUGAAGACGCGACAGAAUAAAGACUCAAUGUCAAUGAGGAGUGGACGGAAGAAAGAGGCCCCUGGGCCCCGGGAAGAACUGAGAUCGAGGGGCCGGGCCUCUCCUGGAGGGGUCAGCACGUCCAGCAGUGAUGGCAAAGCCGAGAAGUCUAGGCAGACAGCCAAGAAGGCCCGAGUAGAGGAAGCCUCUACUCCAAAGGUCAGCAAGCAGAGCCGGAGUGAGGAGAUGUCAGAGAGUGAAAGUGAGGAGACCAGUGCACCAAAAAAGACUAAAACGGAGCAGGAGCUCCCUCGGCCACAGUCUCCCUCUGAUCUGGACAGCUUAGAUGGGCGGAGCCUCAAUGAUGAUGGCAGCAGUGACCCUAGGGAUAUUGACCAGGACAACCGCAGCACUUCCCCCAGCAUCUACAGCCCCGGAAGUGUGGAGAAUGAUUCCGACUCAUCUUCUGUCCUGUCUCAGGGCCCAGCCCGACCCUACCACCCACCUCCACUCUUUCCUCCCUCCCCUCCCUCAGCAGAUAGCAACCCACGACAGCCAGAGCCUAGCUUUGAACCCCAUCCUUCUGUGACUCCCUCUGGAUAUCAUGCUCCCAUGGAGUCCCCCACAUCUCGAAUGUUCCAGGCUCCUCCAGGUGCCCCUCCCCCUCACCCACAGCUCUAUCCUUCAGGGGCUGGUGGGGGAGUUUUGUCUGGACCUCCAAUGGGUUCCAAGGGGGGAGGGACUGCCUCUUCGGUAGGAGCCUCCAGUGGGGGUAAGCAGCAUCCCCCACCCACUACCCCCAUUUCAAUCUCAAGCUCUGGGGCUAGUGGUGCUCCCCCAACAAAGCCACCUACCACUCCAGUGGGUGGUGGGAACCUACCCCCUGCUCCACCACCAGCCACCUUCCCCCAUGUGACACCAAAUCUGCCUCCCCCACCUGCCCUGAGACCCCUCAACAAUGCAUCGGCCUCUCCUCCUGGCCUAGGGGCUCAGCCACUACCUGGGCAUCUGCCCUCUCCCCAUGCCAUGGGACAGGGUAUGGGUGGACUUCCCCCUGGUCCAGAGAAGGGGCCAACCUUGGCCCCCUCUCCCCACCCUUUGCCCCCUACUUCCUCCUCUUCUGGCCCAGCCCCCCCUAUGAGGUAUCCUUACUCGUCUUCUAAUAGCUCUGCAGCAGCCUCCUCUGCCAGUUCUUCGUCUGCAUCCCAGUACCCAGCUUCCCAGGCAUUGCCCAGUUAUCCUCACUCCUUCCCACCCCCAACAAGUCUCUCUGUCUCUAAUCAGCCACCCAAAUAUACUCAACCUUCCCUCCCAUCCCAGGCUGUGUGGAGCCAGGGUCCCCCACCACCUCCUCCUUAUGGCCGCCUCUUAGCUGCCAACAACAAUGCCCAUCCAGGUCCCUUCCCUCCUUCCACUGGGGGCCAAUCCACUGCCCACCCAGCAACCCCAACACACCACCAUCACCACCAGCAGCAGCAACAACAGCAACAUCAUGGAAGCUCUGGGCCCCCUCCACCUGGAGCAUAUCCCCACUCUCUGGAGGGCAGUAGUUCUCACCAUGCGCACCCUUAUGCCAUGUCGCCCUCUCUGGGGUCUCUGAGGCCCUACCCACCAGGACCAGCACACUUGCCUCCGCCUCACAGCCAGGUGUCCUAUAGCCAAGCGGGUCCCAAUGGCCCCCCAGCUUCUUCUGCCUCUUCUAACUCCUCUUCCUCCUCCCAAGGGUCCUACCCAUGUUCACACCCUUCUCCUUCCCAGGGCCCCCAAGGGGCCCCCUACCCUUUCCCACCCGUGCCUCCAGUCACCACCUCCUCAGCUACCCUUUCCACUGUCAUUGCUACCGUGGCCUCCUCACCAGCAAGCUACAAAACGGCCUCCCCACCAGGGCCCCCACCAUAUGGAAAGAGAGCCCCAUCCCCUGGGGCCUACAAGACAGCCACCCCACCAGGAUAUAAGCCGGGGUCACCGCCCUCAUUCCGAACAGGGACCCCACCUGGCUACCGAGGCGCCUCGCCCCCCGCUGGUCCAGGGACUUUCAAGCCAGGCUCCCCCACUGUGGGGCCCGGGCCACUACCACCAGCGGGGACCUCAAGUCUGUCCUCCCUUCCACCACCGCCUGCGGCCCCUGCUUCAGGGCCACCUUUAAGCGCCACACAGAUCAAACAGGAGCCGGCUGAGGAGUAUGAACCUCCCGAGAGCCCAGUGCCUCCUGCCCGCAGCCCCUCGCCCCCUCCCAAGGUGGUAGAUGUACCCAGCCAUGCCAGCCAGUCUGCCAGGUUCAACAAACACCUGGACCGCGGCUUUAAUUCGUGCGCGCGCAGCGACCUGUACUUCGUGCCACUGGAGGGCUCCAAGCUGGCCAAGAAGCGGGCCGACCUAGUGGAGAAGGUGCGGCGCGAGGCCGAGCAACGCGCGCGCGAAGAAAAGGAGCGCGAACGCGAGCGCGAACGCGAGAAGGAACGCGAACGUGAGAAGGAGCGCGAGCUCGAGCGCAGCGUGAAGUUGGCUCAGGAGGGCCGUGCUCCAGUGGAGUGCCCAUCUUUGGGUCCAGUGCCCCAUCGCCCUCCAUUUGAGCCUGGCAGUGCUGUGGCUACAGUGCCCCCCUACCUGGGUCCCGACACACCAGCCCUGCGCACCCUCAGUGAAUAUGCCCGACCCCAUGUCAUGUCUCCUGGCAAUCGCAACCACCCAUUCUAUGUGCCCCUGGGGGCAGUGGACCCCGGGCUCUUGGGUUACAAUGUCCCAGCCUUGUACAGCAGUGACCCAGCUGCCCGGGAGAGGGAGCGGGAAGCCCGUGAGCGAGACCUUCGUGACCGUCUCAAGCCUGGCUUUGAGGUGAAGCCCAGUGAGUUGGAACCCCUACAUGGAGUUCCUGGGCCAGGUCUUGAUCCCUUUCCUCGACAUGGGGGCCUGGCCCUGCAGCCUGGUCCACCUGGCCUGCACCCUUUCCCCUUUCAUCCAAGCCUGGGGCCCCUAGAACGAGAACGUCUAGCGCUAGCAGCUGGGCCAGCCCUGCGGCCUGAUAUGUCUUAUGCUGAGCGACUGGCAGCUGAGAGGCAGCAUGCAGAAAGGGUGGCAGCCCUGGGCAAUGACCCACUGGCCCGGCUGCAGAUGCUCAACGUGACCCCCCAUCACCACCAGCACUCCCACAUCCACUCGCACCUACACUUGCACCAGCAGGAUGCCAUCCAUGCAGCCUCUGCCUCGGUGCAUCCUCUCAUUGAUCCCCUGGCUUCAGGGUCUCACCUUACCCGGAUCCCCUACCCAGCUGGGACCCUCCCCAACCCUCUUCUUCCACAUCCUCUGCACGAGAACGAAGUUCUUCGUCACCAGCUUUUUGCUGCCCCCUACCGGGACCUGCCAGCCUCCCUCUCUGCCCCGAUGUCAGCAGCCCACCAGCUGCAGGCCAUGCACGCGCAGUCUGCGGAGCUGCAGCGCCUGGCACUGGAGCAGCAGCAGUGGCUGCAUGCCCACCAUCCCCUGCACAGCGUGCCGCUCCCUGCACAGGAGGACUACUACAGUCACCUGAAGAAGGAAAGCGACAAGCCUCUGUAAACCUGUGACCAAGAGAGCACCUAUGGCCCUGCAUCUGGACCUUGGAGGCCCCCCUUCCGGCAGGCCACAAAGAUCCCAGGAGAGGAAAACGCUCAGUUCCAGGGCCUUGGCAACUGGACAGUGGGGAGGAGAAAAGGACAGACAGAAGGCCAAUGCUGGUGUGGGGAGGUGGUGAGGGUGGGGCAGAAGCGCACAGUAUCUCGGACCAGGUUCCUCUUCCUUGUCCCCCUGCUUUCCUCCUCCCUGAAAUCCAGCCCUUGGUGGCCAUAACCCCCUCCCCUCCCCUGUUGGUGUGAUUAUUUCAUCUGUUAGAUGUGGCUGUUUUGCGUAGCAUCGUGUGCCGCCCCUGCCCCCCCAAUCCCUGUGUGCGCGCCCCCUGCGAUGUAUGCCCCUUCCCUCUCCCACAUUAAUAAUUUAUAUAUAUAAAUAUCUAUAUGAUGCUCUUUAAAAAACAUCCCAACCAAAACCAAACAAACAAAAAUAUCCUCACAACUCCCCAGGAA